AUGCCAGGAGCGGCCCGCGCUGCCAAUAUUAUAUGGCCAUGGGCCGACUACGAGUACCGGUCGGUCAACCUUGUCGAUUCGCCGUCAAUCGUGUCGGCAUCGCUGCACAAUCCGCUUCCACGGUUGUCCCAUGCCUACAUCACCCCGUUCUUAGCGGUUUACCCAACCUAUAUCUAUUUCCGUUUGAAUCGUGACUGGUCACCCGAGCUCAACUUUGUCAUUCUCGGCAGCAUUAUCACCCUUCAGAGUUUGGUGUGGCUCAGUGGUCACUGGAGUGUCAAGAUCAAGGCACGCACCACUGCGACUAAGGCGAAGUCAUUGAAGGAUGCGAAGAGCAUUCUAGUAUACCCUGCGCCGAAUGAGGGCAAGGCGGAGAUGUGUGACCUCGUUCGCACGCAGUUCCCCGGUGAAGAUGUUGAGACGAGCUUCCUCUGGCAGAAGAAGCGAUUCAUUCUUGACGCCGACAAGAAGGUGUUCAGAGAGGUCGUCUUCCCUAUCGAUCAACAGCCUUUGUUGAAGUCGUUCCAGCAGUCUCAUGGAUUGCAGAGCAAGAGUGAUCUCGAGCAUGCGGAGCGCAAGUACGGUCUCAACCGUUUCGACAUUCCUAUCCCUACGUUCCAGGAGCUCUUCAAGGAGCACGCUGUUGCACCCUUCUUCGUCUUCCAGCUUUUCUGUGUCGGUCUUUGGCUGCUCGAUGAGUACUGGUACUACUCCCUCUUCACAUUGUUCAUGCUCGUUGUCUUCGAGUGCACUAUCGUCUUCCAACGUCAGCGCACCCUUAAUGAGUUCCGUUCCAUGUCUAUCAAGCCUUACGAUAUCUACGUCCGCCGCGAGAACAAGUGGGUCGAGACCAAGACUGACGAGCUCAUCCCUGGAGACCUUGUUUCUGUUGUUCGCACCAAGGAUGACAGUGGUGUUCCCUGUGAUAUGGUUUUGAUUUCUGGUACUGCUGUUGUCAACGAGGCUAUGCUUUCUGGUGAAUCUACGCCUCUUGUCAAGGAGUCUAUUGCUCUCAGGCCUUCUAAUGAAGUUAUCGACUUUGAGGGUAUGGACAAGAACGCCUUCCUUUGGGGAGGAACGAAGGUCUUGCAGGUUACUCCGUCCGUUUCGAAGGCUCAGGAGAACGUUCCCGGUGCUUUGGACAUCUCUGGUGCCCCUGAUAAUGGCGCUCUUGCUGUUGUUACCCGUACUGGUUUCGAGACGUCUCAGGGAUCUCUCGUUCGUACCAUGAUCUACUCCACGGAGCGUGUUUCUGCCAACAACGCCGAAGCGCUGUAUUUCAUUCUCUUCUUGUUGGUCUUCGCCAUCGCUGCUUCAUGGUAUGUCUGGCAGGAGGGUGUCAAGCAGAACCGCAAGCAGAGCAAGUUGAUGCUUGACUGUGUUCUCAUUGUUACUUCCGUUGUCCCUCCUGAGCUCCCUAUGGAGUUGUCCAUGGCUGUGAACUCUUCCCUGGCUGCUUUGAGCAAGUACUACAUCUACUGUACCGAGCCUUUCCGCAUUCCUUUCGCUGGUCGUGUUGAUGUUUGCUGUUUCGACAAGACUGGUACCCUUACCACCGAGGACCUCGUCGUUGAGGGUGUUGCCGGACUCAAGGUCGAUGCUCCCAAGGAGAUGGCUCAGGUCAAGGAUGCCACGGAUGCUUCUACUUUGGUUCUUGCUACGGCUCAUGCUCUGGUUAAGCUCGAGGAUGGCGAAAUCGUGGGUGACCCGAUGGAGAAGGCAACUCUCGAGGCUCUUGACUGGACGCUUGGAAAGAACGGUGCUUUGGUUCCUGCUUCCACUUCCGCUCAUGCCCGCACCCAGAUCUCCAUCCGUCGUCGUUUCCAGUUCUCUAGUGCCUUGAAGAGGCAGAGUACUAUUUCCUCCUUGGUCCUUCCCAAUGGCAAGAAGUCUACUUUGAUCUCCGUCAAGGGUGCCCCUGAAACUAUUCGCAAGAUGCUUGUUAAUGUUCCUGCCGGAUACGAGGAUACCUACAAGCACUUUACCCGCAAGGGUAGCAGAGUGUUGGCCUUGGGUUACAAGUACACUAGCGAGAAUUUGAGUCUGGAUAAGAUUAACGGCUUGGUUCGUGAGGAAGUUGAGGGCAGUCUCGAGUUUGCCGGUUUCUUGAUUUUCCACUGUCCUCUCAAGGAUGAUGCCAAGGAUACUGUUAAAAUGCUUAACGAAUCUAGUCACCGUUGCGUCAUGAUUACCGGUGACAACCCUUUGACCGCUGUGCACGUCGCUAAGGAGGUCGAGAUUGUUGAACGUGAAGUCUUGAUCUUGGAUGCACCUGAAGACCCCACGAGUGCUCACGAGCUCGAAUGGCGUACCAUCGACGAGGCUACCGUUAUCCCCAUGAAGCCUUCGGAUGCAUUCGAUAUGAACCUCCUCAACAGCUACGACCUCUGUGUUACCGGCUUUGCUUUGGCAAAGUUCGAGGGUCGUCAGGACAUCAUCGAGCUCAUCAAGCGUACCUGGGUUUGGGCCCGUGUUUCCCCUAAGCAGAAGGAGUUCAUCCUUGUCAGCCUCAAGGAAGCCGGGUACUACACUCUCAUGGCAGGUGACGGAACCAACGAUGUCGGAGCCCUCAAGCAGGCCCACAUCGGUGUUGCGCUCCUCAACGGUACUGAAGACGACUUGAAGAAGAUAGCCCAGCACGCUCAGACUGAGCGCAUGAAGGGAGUCUACGAGAAGCAGAAGUCGAUCUCUGCUAGGUUUAACGCGCCUCCCCCACCCGUGCCCCCGGCUUUGGCUCACCUCUACCCUCCCGGCCCUCAAAACCCUCAUAGGGAGAAGGCUCUGGAUAUGGCACAGAAGACCCUCGAGAAGUUGGGCGAGACCACCAAGGGCAACGGUGUCGAGGCGCCUAGGGAGUUGACCCCGCAGGAAAAGCAGGCACAGAAGAGCGCUGAGUUGGCGAACAAGAUGUUCAGUGCUAUGCAGUCUAUGGAGGAUAUGGAAGACGACGCGCCUACGAUCAAGCUCGGUGAUGCUAGUGUCGCUGCGCCGUUCACGUCUAAGUUGACCAACGUCAUGGCUAUCGCGAACAUCAUCCGUCAGGGACGUUGUACCCUCGUCGCCACCAUUCAGAUGUACAAGAUCUUGGCGCUUAACUGUUUGAUUUCGGCGUACUCCCUCUCUGUCCUCUACCUCGAUGGUAUCAAGUUCGGUGAUGGUCAGGUUACUAUCUCUGGAAUGUUGAUGUCUGUCUGCUUCCUCUGUAUUUCGAAGGCUAAGCCCGUCGAGAAGCUUUCCAAGGAGCGUCCUCAGCCGAAUAUUUUCAACAUGUACAUCAUCGGGUCUAUCUUGUUGCAGUUUGCCGUUCACGUUGCUUCUCUGAUCUACAUCGACCGCGUCGUCGGAACCUAUGAGAAGAAGGAGAUCAACGUCGAUCUCGAGGCCGAGUUCUCUCCGAGCUUGUUGAACAGUGCUAUCUACUUGAUCCAGCUCUCUCAGCAGGUCUCCACCUUCGUCGUCAACUACCAAGGCCGUCCCUUCCGCGAGUCCAUCCGUGAGAACAGGGCUUUGUACUGGGGUCUCCUCUCCGUCUCCUUCAUAGCUUUCUCCUGCGCCACCGAGUUCGUCCCCGAAAUCAACGAGAAACUCCGCCUUGUCAAGUUCGAGGAUGCAUUCAAGAUGACACUUACCCUCGUCAUGGCCGCGGACUUUGUGUUGUGUUAUGUGAUCGAGCAGGUGUUUAAGGCGUUGUUUGCUGACAAUAAGCCGAAGGAUAUUACGCUGCCGAAGAGUGGAAAGAGGGUUGAUGUGCCUUCGCAGUUUGCGAAGGGGAAUCUUGAGGGGAAGUACCUGGAAAAGUAG